UAUUUUGUUAAGCAGCGACCUUCGUUCGAUCCCACACUUCCGGCGAACUAGAAUCUGACCAAUCGGAGUUCCUAAACACUUCUCCGGAACCCUAAUUUAUUCUCUCCAACGAGACAAAGCCAGCGCGUGAUUUCGACUCUCCUUUCGCGAGAUCAGCAAUGUCCGGUAGAAAUCGCGGAUCGUACGGCGGCUUACAACCUCCGAUCAACCAACCGCCUUUCGUCAGAGGCUUAGGAGGACACGCACCUCCUCCUCAUCCUCAUCCUCAUCCUCAUCCUCAUCCCUCUCGCCCCUUAGACGACAACAGAGAACUCCCCCAAUUCAGAAACCAUCAUCCUCAACACCAUCACCACUCAAUCAUCGAAGACCGAAUCGCAUCCCAAAACCAAGACGUGCAAGGCCUUCUCGCCGACAACCAGAGGCUCGCCGCGACGCACGUGGCGCUGAAGCAGGAGCUGGAAGUAGCGCAGCACGAGCUGCAGAGGAUGAUGCAUUAUAUCGACUCGCUGCGAGCCGAGGAAGAUAUAAUGAUGAGGGAGAUGUACGAUAAGUCUAUGCGGUGCGAGGUGGAGCUGCAUCAGGUCGAGGCCUUGCGCGCUGAUGUUCAGAAGGUUAGGGCGGAUAUCAAGGAGUUUACUGCGAGCAGGCAGGAGCUGACGAGUCAGGUUCAUUUGAUGACUCAAGAUUUGGGGAGGCUUACGGCUGAGUUGCAGCAGAUACCGACUUUGACUGCGGAGAUUGAGAACACUAAGCAAGAGCUGCAACGCGCGAGAGCGGCGAUUGAUUACGAGAAGAAAGGGUAUGCGGAGAAUUACGAGCACGGGAAAGUUAUGGAGCAGAAGCUAGUUGCGAUGGCUCGGGAAUUGGAGAAGCUUCGAGCUGAGAUUGCUAACUCGGAGAGUAGAGCUCAUGCUACUGGUCCUGUUGGGAAUACUGGUGGAGUUGGUUAUGGUGGUGGGUAUGGAAACCAUGAUCCUGCUGGGUAUGCUGUGAAUCCUUAUCAACCUAACUAUGCCAUGAAUCCAGUCAAAAGUUCAUAAACGCAAUUGAUUUUGUCGUAGUUAUACACUUUUAUGUCCAUGGGCCAUGGCUGUGUGAUUAUUAAAGUCAAGAAUCAAAUUCUUGUAUAACCAAAAAAGGCUAUAAGAGAUAAGGUCAAGAUUCAAGAAGAGCAUUAAAAUGCUAGUAUUUAAUAAAUAAGCAUACGUAUGAAUGGCGUUUGAGUACAAGCUUUCAAUCAUAUUACUGCAGCUGAUCUAAUAUUCAUAAACUCAGUGUCCUAUUUUACCAAAAGAAAAAAAAACUCAGUGUCCUAUUUUCAUAUUCAUCAACCCUCGUCACGAAAGUAUGUUAACAGACUUGGUCAAGAUGUUCAAGCACAAACUUUCAAACCAUAGACAAAAUGAGUAGUAAAGAUAAAAGCGAAGCCAUUGAACUACAUGUUCUUACACCUAGUUUUAAACGAUAAAACAUAACAUGUGGUUCUAUCAGAUUAUUCACUGCAUGCUCAAUCAUAAAGCGCGUUCUAAAACUUGUCACUCGGGUCUUAAGUGGCCUCGGAUUACUAGAUAUAUAGAAUUGAGAAUUUGCACUAGAUAAAAAAAAUGAAUAUAAAUUAGCUAACAGGUAAUGGUACUGUAUAAAUUGUGGUAAUACCAAGCGUGUCCCUAAUAUAAGACCUGUUACACGUUACACGUGAGCUGAACACACUGUUUAUUACCACAAAUGCAAAAAACUGAGGAGAGAAAGAGAGAGAGAGAGAGUGUGAUAAUAAUGCAAAGAAUCAAGAAUGCUCAACUACUAUUUUUCUUUCCUGCAAAAACCCAAAGCGCUUAGAUACAUUUUAUAUGUUAAAAGAUCGUCUCGUUUUAAAAAGUUAAACUCAUUCUCUAGUUGUGUCUAAAAUUUAUAGAAUUUAUAACCGGUUAUAGGUCUGAUGUUUCGGUUUUAUAGAAUUUAUAACCGGUUACUGAUUCCAAUAUGAACUUCAUGCAACAUAUGUGUCUAAUAUAGGAUCGCAAUAAAUUAUUGCUCUUAAAUCCGGUUUCAAUAUGUAUGUACGCCAACUAUGUCAAAUUAUAACCGGUUGCCCCUAAUAUACGACCUGUUACACGUUACACGUGAGCUGAACACACUGUUAAUUACCACAAAUGCAAAGAACUGAGGAGAGAAAGAGAGAUAGAGAGUGUGAUAAUAAUGCAAAGAAUCAAGAAUGUUCAACUACUAUUUUUCUUUCCUGCAAAAAUCCAAAGCACUUAGAUACAUUUUAUAUGUUAAAAGAUCGUCUCGUUCUAAAAAAUUAAACUCAUUCUCUAGUUGUGUCUAAAAUUUAUAGAAUUUAUAACCGGUUAUAGAUCUUAUGUUUCGGUUUUAUAGAAUUUAUAACCGGUUACUGAUUCCAAUAUGAACUUCAUGCAACAUAUGUGUCUAAUAUAGGAGCGCAAUAAAUUAUUGCUCCUAAAUCCGGUUUCAAUAUGUAUGUACGUCAAUUAUGUCAAAUUAUAACCGGUUGCCCUUAAUAUACGACCUGUUACACGUUACACGUGAGCUGAACACACUGUUAAUUACCACAAAUGCAAAGAACUGAGGAGAAAAAGAGAGAGAGAGUGUGAUAAUAAUGCAAAGAAUCAAGAAUGUUCAACUACUAUUUUUCUUUCCUGGAAAAACCCAAAGCACUUAGAUACAUUUUAUAUGUUAAAAGAUCGUCUCGUUCUAAAAAGUUAAACUCAUUCUGUAGUUGUGUCUAAAAUUUAUAGAAUUUAUAACCGGUUAUAGAUCUGAUGUUUCGGUUUUAUAGAAUUUAUAACCGGUUACUGAUUCCAAUAUGAACUUCAUGCAACAUAUGUGUCUAAUAUAGGAUCGCAAUAAAUUAUUACUCCUAAAUCCGGUUUCAAUGUGUAUGUACGUUAACUAUGUCAAAUUAUAACCGGUUUUCUACAUAUAUUGCUCUUCCUCUCCACUUGCAAUCAAAAUACAUUUUGUUCUUCAACCCCGGUAACAGGUAAACAUUUUCGUCUCAGUUCGAGGAGAAUAUUGGCAGCACAACACAAUUGUUACAUGGUUAUGCAAAUAUUUAAAAAUAAUGCAUAGAUCUGCAAUCAUUUGAACCUGGCUAUAAAUUGUUCAUUACCUUUCACAAAAAUAGAUUUUUUAUAUUUUUGUAUAAAGUUAAUCAAAUAAUAUAAAAUACUGACCGUUAAAAACAAAUGUUAACAAACUUUCUAACUUUAUUGCGAAUUUGUAUUUAUGGAUGGAAAUGUUAAAAACAAAAACAAAAGUUUUGUUUACGCAUCCCCUUGGAGUUGUCAUUCUCGGAACUUUAUCAAGUGAUUCAGAGCCAGACACACACAUGCAUUGGAUCACUAAUAGAACACAUCAACAGACGAGCCAGCAAAUGUUACUAUUUUAUUAUUUA